AGAGUGACAGCACCAAGACAGAACACUUCAAGAGAUUUUAUUAUCGGAAAGUCGUAAACAAAAUUAAAUAUUUAGAUAGGAUUUUUCGUAUUUUAAAUUGGAAAGUAAGCAAUUAGAAAAUAAAAAUGCGAUGGACAAUACACAUAGAAGGUGGACCGAUGCGCGUAAAUCAUGCAGCUGUCUGUAUUGGAGAUAAAGUUUACUCUUUUGGUGGUUACUGUUCUUCUGAAGAAUACAAGGACUGGGAACCUAUCCCAGUUCAUGUCCUGAAUACUGAAACAUUACGAUGGGCAGCCGUAAACUAUUUAAAGAAUGAUCUUGUCCCAUUCCAAAGAUAUGGGCACACUGCGGUACCAUACGGAGACAAGGUUUUCAUGUGGGGAGGGAGAAACAAUUCAGUAGCAUGUGAAACCCUAUCAGUUUUUGACACAAAAACUCUUGAGUGGACAGCCCCAAAUGUUUCAGGAACGGUUCCUUAUGCAAAAGAUGGUCAUUCUGCUUGUGUGAUAAAGAACAAAAUGUUCAUCUUUGGUGGUUUUGAGUACCUCACUGAUCAGUAUUCCCAAGAGGUCCAUUGUUUGGACAUGGACACACUUCGCUGGACAUUUAUUGAUGCUCCUGGUGAUGUACCAUCCCAUCGUGAUUUCCAUACUGCAGUUUCUGUUGGUGACCGAAUGUAUGUGUUUGGAGGUAGAGGUGAUCUGAAUAGUCCUCAUAACUCCCUGGAAGAAGUGUACUGCCCUCAAGUAUUUUAUCUAGAUACUAAAGAGUUGAAGUGGGUAGUCAUGAAGCCUACUGGGACAUGGCCUGAAGGCAGACGCAGUCACUCUGCAUGGGUACACAAUGGUUAUAUGUAUAUUUUUGGUGGCUUCAAUGGAAACACAAAAACACAUUUCAAUGACUUAUUUAGAUAUUCAAUUGAAGGAAAUUACUGGCAAGAAAUAAAUGUACUUGGAUCUGUUCCCUGUAAAAGGAGACGACAAGCAAGUCUGUUAUAUGAAGAUAAAGUGUACCUAUUUGGGGGUUCCAGUCCAUGCCCACAUACUAACAAUCGAGCGAUUGACUUCAAUGAUGCCGAAAGACUUAUAGAUAACAGUGAUCUCCAUGUGUUAGACUACUCCCCAUCUCUGAAAACUCUUAGUAUAUUGUGUGUGUUGAAGCAUAAUCUUGACCAAACUACUUUACCACGAGAUAUAGUACGUGAUAUUCAACUGAUGGUCUUGCCUAACCGCAUAAGCAGGCCUAUCAACCAAGCAGGCUGAUGCUUACAUGUUGUACUGUAACUUACUAUUUUGAAGGCGAGGCGAAUUUGCAUUGCAGAUUCACUUUUGGGGUUCAUCAUCUUGUCGCCUCAUUAUGAAUGAUUUAUAUAUUCUUGUACAAUUCAUAAUUUUUGGUUAUGUUGUGUAAGCUAUAUUAAUACCCUAUGCAGCUAAAUGUAAUUGUGGGAUAAUGUAUGACAUGAUGUGUGUAUGUAUUCAAUAUAUAUGUUUAACGAUUUA